CAGCACCGCGAGUUCACGACACAAUUAUAUCUUUCUUUUAUUUUUUGAAAUUUAAAUUAUAUCUUUCUGGUACGGAGGUAGUAGCGAGAAACACACCACCACCACCACCGACAGAUGACAGCCAAGAAAUUUGUAUACUAAUUAAAUCGGCGAACUCCGGCCAUCCUGUCGAUAUGAUGGCCGUGUUCUCGUUCGCCAUUACGCGGAACAGAACACACAGCAUCUCAGCUUAGCAGGUGAGCUCGCUGCGAGCAUAACAAGGCGAAGAGGCCGUCGCGAUGGACAUGGACCUGGACGGCGAGGUGCAGUACGACUUCUUCCCUUUCAUCCGCCAGUACAAGAGCGGCCGCGUCGUCCGCUUCGGCGCCACCGACACCGUCCCUGCCGGCACCGACGACGACACGGCCGGCGGCACGGGCGUGACGUCUAAGGACGUCGUGAUUAACCCGAGCUCGGGACUCUGGGCUCGCCUCUACCUCCCGUCGUCGCUGCUCCCCGCCGCCGGGCGCCGCCAAGACAGCAAGCUCCCCGUCGUCGUCUACUACCACGGCGGCGCCUUCGUCAUCGGGUCAACGGCGAACCGGCCCACGCACGAGUACCUCAACCGCCUGGCGGCCGACGCCAACGUCCUCGUCGUCUCACCCGAGUACCGCCUCGCGCCGGAGCACCCGCUGCCGACGGCGCACGACGACUCGUGGGAGGCCCUCAGGUGGGUGGCGUCCCACUCGACGACGACGGGGGAGGAGAGGCCGGACCCGGACCCGGAGCCCUGGCUCGUCGAGCACGGGGACCUGACGCGCGUGUUCCUGGUCGGGGUCAGCGCCGGGGGCAACAUCGCGCACAACAUGGCGGAGCGCGCCGGCGGCGGGGCGCAGAGCCUCGGCGGCGUGCCCAUCAGAGGGCUGCUGCUCGUCCACCCCUACUUCACCAGCGGAGCGCCCGCCGGCACCGAAGCGACGACGGACACGGCAAGGAAGGCCAUGUCCGAGGCGUUCUGGCGGUACCUGUGCCCCGGCACGCUGGGGCCAGACGACCCGCUGGGCAACCCGUUCUCGGAGGCCGCGGGUGGCAGCGCGGCGCGUGUCGCCGCCGAGCGCGUGCUCGUCUGCGUCGCGGAGAAGGACUGGCUCCGUGGCAGGGGCGUCUGGUACUACGAGAGCCUCAGGGGGAGCGGCUACGGCGGCGAGGUGGAGCUGCACGAGUCCGUGGGCGAGGGGCAUGUCUUCCAUUACGGCAACCCGGGGUGCGAGGAAGCGCGGGUGUUGCAGGCGCGCGUCCUGCGUUUCCUCCGUGCGCGAUGACGAUGAUGAAUGCGCGAGAGUCGCUUCGUCCUUGGUUCCUCCGUACUCCGUAUGUGUGAACGAGUAUUGUCCCUGCCACGAUCAAACUUUAGCGUGAAAAUCAAGUAACGUGAUGGGGACGUUGUUGUGUUGUUGUGAUUUGUGAGACCUUGUUUCUGCCACGCUCAAACUUUUGGCGUGAACCAAAUAAGGUAGGUUGUUCUGUGAUUGUGUCCUAUAGUAAAACUUCGAAGAAGGGGCAUGAACGAUGAUUUUGCUACAGACUGACAGGCACUGAGGCCCCUUUGAUAGAGAUCCAAGCACAGCCCCGGUUUCUCUGGUGAAAUUAAUAUAGCCACGUUGUAUUCAUGGGAGUUAUUUUU